CGGGGGGAGAGAAGGGCAGGAAGGCACUGAGCCAAGAGAGAGAGAGCAGGGAAAAGUUGAGAGAGAACCAGAGGGGUAGGCUAGCAGGCAAAGGGAAGAAGAAACUGGGGCUCUGCUAUCCAGGAAGAAGAGACAGGACCGUCCGAUCCAGCAGCCAUAAGUCACCGGGGCUACUGCAUCAGCACUCCUCCUGUCCAUUCUCUCUCUCUCUCUCUCUCUCUAACUGGGGCUGCAGCCUGCCUUUCUCUGCAGAGGAAGCGCUGGCUGGUCUACUUGAAUGCACUGGCUGUGCGCAGUGAUUCUCCCCUGCUCUGCCGUGCGUUUGUCCUCACUGACUCAGCUGUGCUCUGUAGUCAGCCUGCUGGUCCAGCCUCUCGGGAACACAGCCACAGGAAGAGUCCUUCUGACAGGAGUGUUGUGGGGCUGGCAGGCAGACGCACCACAACCAGGACUGGCUAACAACACAGUGGAACGUGGUACCUCGGGUGGGAUCAGCUCAGACACCCAGGCACAACACACAACCAGACCAGUGGGACUCUGGGUUACAUCCACCUGACCACCAGAGGAGUUUUUGACAGGAUAACUCCAGCCCAACGGACCCCGGGCUGGAUCCCACAGCAGGGGGUGUUUUGGACGGGUUCAGACUGCCAUGGAAGUCCAGGGGAGUGGGGCUGAGCAGCCCAGGUCCAGGUGUCUGUUCUCCAGCCUGAUCAUCACUCUGCUGCUCAGUGUGUGGUCUGCUCAGGGCCUGGAGAUGUCCACAGGGAAGGUCCCAUUCAUGGAGGCGCUGAACGGCAGUACUGUGCUGCUACCCUGCACCUACGCCAGCUGUAUCGGCAUCAAAAACCUUUACUUCAACUGGCAGUACAAUGACAACGGCACUAUGCAGAAGGUGUGUGAGUCUGUGAUUCCGUCAGACGGGAUGGAUCCCCAUCCAGUGAGUAUCUACCGGGAGCGGGUGGAGUUUAUCGGCACCAGUGAUCACAACAACAUCUCCAUCCUGCUUUGGAACAUCACCUUUGAGGACGAGGGCCAGUACACCUGCUUCGGACGCAAUCCCAAAGAGAAGGGCAAGAACCACAGCGCUAUCUUUACCCUUGUCGUGGUGGACGAGUUACGAGUGGUGGACAACACUCUCACCAUCAUAAUUGCUUCUGCAGUGGGCGGAGCCAUCGCCCUGCUGAUGACUUUCAUGCUGGUGAAGAACUUCAUCCUUUUCGUUCUCUUCAAAAUCGAGGAGAGGAAAAAGAUCGAGUGCCUUGUACAAUCUUCCUCAGCUGAUGAAACAAACAAUGUCUCAGGAUCCAAAACUUCAAAACCACUGACACCAAAGAAGAAAUGAGAGUACUUGCAUGUAUGUACAUCCAUAUAUAAAUAUACAGUUAUAUCUAUGCAUAUACUGUAUUUUUAUGCAUAAACAUGUGUAUUGACAUGUGACUCCAUGGGCAGGCUUCUUGGGCAGGUUUUUUGGACUGAGAAGCACGUCUGAUGGAGAUACUUCAUUGAAAGUGUUUGUUAGUCCAAUAAGCUUAGGCUGUGUCCCGGAAACCGCUCCCAUACGUUCUAGUUGAUAUAUCUUUUUUUUUUUUUAAUUAAGACCUGAACCUAGGACUGUUUUUCAUAUUAUAUUAAAAAGAAAAUAUAUGCUUAAGACGAGGAAUAAUACUAUGUAAUAAUGCUGUUUUAAACUGUGCUGGAUCCUACUCCUCUCUCCACCAACCAACCCCACUGCCCUGGGUUCAACUGAAACUGUCUACACAAUCAAACGGUGUGUUUGAAGAAAAUGUAUGGGAUAUUAUUCACAGUUUAAUUCAAUCUCCAGUGGCAUUAUGCCACUUCAGAUCCAGCUUCAGUCCUAUUGCACAAUACCACUGAUUCACAUCAACUUUAGUUUAGUGCUGUUUAGAAUACAAUAUUAACUCUGCUAUUCCAAAAGUCAUUCAUUAACCCUGUUGUAUCAUAUUUAGAAACUAGGGUCUCUAAAGGGUUUUGCUGCGGUGAGGAGUGAGAAAGGAUCCAGUUCAGAACAUUUUCUUUGCUUGAUAUAAAACACUGGUGCCUGUUAGCGCUUCUAUCUUCCUCUGCUGGUAGGAAGACUAAAUACUGCAAACCAUUUACCAAAUGCAGCAAAACGCAAAGGAAUAAUACUACAAGCUGAUGAAUGAAAUGAUAGACAAUCCCUUAACCAACCCCCUAGAAAAAGGAAUACACCUCUAAUAAGACAAAUAACCUUAAUGUGUUUAUAAGCAUGUGAAACCCUAAGGCAGAUGUAGAGGCACAAUGCCUGACAAUAGAAAUGUACCCUGUCGUGUUCUUUCCUGGAAUCCCACAUUUAACCACGUGUGAUGUGUUUAGUUCUGCUUUGAAGCUGCUUCCAAAUCUGCUCAUAUCAUGCCGACCCUCACCACAUCCAGUGGUUGGCAAGGCAAUGCACUGGAAACUAUUAGGUAGUGGGUUCACUGGCUUGAACAUGAACUUGUAUCAGACAGAAACACACCCCACAUAUUCCUAUUGUAUGUCCACUUACAAAUAACUGUCUCUUUGUUGUUCUGAACACAUUUAGCCAGACCGAUGUGUCGACACACUGCAAUAAGUACUGACAUGCUGCAGCGCAACGGAAUUUAUGAUGGUUCAUUCAUGGCUCCUGAUUCAACACAAAUUCAGCCUGUGCGGAAAACCAGAUGUCCCUCAUCUAUAGUCAUUACGGACACCUCCACUAACCACACCAUAAAGAGAUGCAUGGAGCAGCAGUUCGGUUGCAGGUAGAGCGAUAGACGGGGACAGAUCUUUACUGGACAGUGUAGAAUAGACACACAACUAAUAUCCCAUAUUCAGCCCAUUUAUUGUGCCAAACUGGGAUAACCCUGAGAAACCCACAUCUGAUCAGGAAUGGACUCCUUUCAUGGGUUUCCUAAGUUACUAUUGAAAUCAAUCGCUAUUGAACUGCUAUGGCAUAUAUCCAAUGGUGGCACGUUUAAGAUGCUGAAUGUCUUGUUUUCAAAAUACCUCCAGUGUGUGUGAAAACGUGCGUGUUCAGGGGAGAACUUCAUGUCUAUGUCCAUUGUCUAGGACCUUGCUGCAUCUGUCAUUGUAUAAACAUAACAAAUAUACCUCCCUCAAUCACUGAAGCAGUUUCUGAUAUGGACAAGCCCCAGUAUUGCUGUUCCCAUAGCAUAGCCCUUCAAAUACAUGCACUGGCUUGUUGCAAUAGCAGGAGGGUCUUUUGGGAACUUUACCUUAAAGAUGUGCUAGACAUGUAAACCACAGAGAUGUCUUGUACCAGUGGAGCGGUGAGUGAAUGAACCUAAAUAGCUGUAUAUUUAACAUGAGGGUAAAGUUGAAUGACCUCAGGUGUCUUAGAUGAGAACAGAUAGAGAGCAUGGUUAGAUCAUAGACAGUAGUAAAUGUACUAUCUCUGGUAGGACACGGAUUUGAGCUUGUGGCACUGAAUCCCUGACUGACUCACACUCCUAAGAGAACAGUGAUACUAUGCAAACACCACUACUGAGCGGAAGACAUGCAUGUACUGUAGGAGACUGCUCCAGUUCUCCCAAUGGGAUCUGCUUUCACAACCCUGCCCAGGCAUUACAGCAACAUGACUAUAGCUACUGCAGGAUUCCAAUACACCAUUGAGUUUUUGCUGUGAUAAUGUGAGCAAUAAAAAUGACAGGAGCAACAGUAAUCAAAGUAGGUUAUGGGAAAUGGAGUUCUGAUGAGCUGAUCUAUGGAAGAUGAGGAAUGGGUUUAUAGUGCACGGAUUUCCAUGGCUCAUCUUCUAUUCAGCAGAAGGGUCUGUGGGAUGGACUGCAGUGUGAGAAAUCCUUGAAAAGAAGAACCAGUGGAGAUAUGGAAUAUAGAGUAUGUAAUUUAAAGGAGAUAUGGAAUAUAGAGUGUAAUUUAAAGGAGAUAUGGAAUAUAGAGUAUGUAAUUUAAAGGCGCAACAUGAGAUUUUAGCCAUAAAUUACAUUUCGUUGUGGUUUUAUAAGGAGACUGCUUACAACCGCUUAAAAAUGGCUUAGUACAGCUUAUCACAAUCCGAAAAAGAUUGUUGCAAGGACGUGAAUGCGUUUUGUAUUGCUAAUGUUUUUGCUAUUGUCAACCUCACAGACGAGAACCAAUCGUGAUACAGGAAGUUGUACAAAACUAAUUUGCAGCUUCAUGUAGAAUUCUAAUAAGUAGGUUUUACUGUGAAUUUCUAUUCCGUUGGUACUACUGCCAUGUAAUUCACAUUGGGCACUAGUUGCAAGUGGAAAUUUUACAUGUAUAACCUCUUUAAUGUACUUAAAGCAUAACUGUGAGAGUGACUCACAUGUCCUUUUGAAAUGCCCUCACACAGUACUGUAGCAGUACCAACUGUCUUCCCUGUACGCUGACAACUGAAAAGAACUGGAUGGAUGAAGCAAUAUGAAUGUUCAAUCUUUGUAGUUUGGAAAUGGAGAACAUUGUAGUAGCAGAGUUGCUGACAGUGACCUCUGUCAUCCAUUAUUGCACUUUUGACAGCAGAAUGUUUGUGAAUCUAUAAUGUCGCCAGACAGUACUGACACCUUGGUCCCACAUUGCUAUCCCAACUAACGCAAAUGUACAGUCAUUUCUCUUUACUCCCUCUCAAAUGAUUCCCCCUCCCAUGUAAUCUCUCCACCAUGCAGAUCAGCUGUAUUCUUUAUUAUAAAAGCCACCAGAAUCCAAUAAACGUUUAAAUAAAA